GGCGCGGGGACGCGCGGCGACGCUGCUGCUGCUGCUGCUGUGUCGGGCGCGCGCGCGGCUCUGUCGCUCCCUCAGGCGGCGGCGGCGGCUCCGGCUCCUUUGUUCCCGGCGGGGACGGGGCCGCCCGGCGGGGAUGGACCCGGGCAGCGGCUCCUCGGGCGCAUUCCGUUAGAAGCUCCUCGUGCCGAGCCGAGUGCCACGCAGGGUCGGAGACCUCCAUGCCCGUAGGAGUGUCGGUGGCAGCUCCAGCCCUGAGGAGCUCUUUGACGCCCGGACCCCGCUCUUGGCACCCGCUGCGACCAUGUCAACUCCGGAUCCUCCGCUGGGCGGCACACCGCGGCCGGGGCCGUCGCCGGGGCCGGGCCCCUCACCGGGAGCCAUGCUGGGCCCCAGUCCCGGCCCCUCGCCCGGAUCGGCACACGGCAUGAUGGGCCCCAGCCCCGGACCGCCCUCGUCGGGGCACCCGCUGCCGCCCCAGCCGCCCGGCGCCUACGCUCAGGACAACCUCCACCAGAUGCACAAGCCGAUGGACUCCAUGCAUGAGAAGGGAAUCUCCGAUGAUCCCCGCUACAGCCAGAUGAAAGGGAUGGGGAUGCGGCCCGGCGGGCACGCCGGGAUGGGACCUCCUCCGAGCCCCAUGGAUCAGCACUCCCAAGGUUACCCUUCUCCGCUCGGCGGCUCCGAGCACGCCUCGAGCCCCGUGCCGGCUAACGGUCCGUCCUCCGGUGCUGCCAUGUCGUCGGGCCCCUUGGACGGCUCCGACCCGCAGGCGCUGGGGCAGCAGAACCGGGGGCCGACCCCCUUCAACCAGAACCAGCUGCACCAGCUGCGAGCCCAGAUCAUGGCCUACAAGAUGCUGGCCCGUGGGCAACCGCUUCCCGACCACCUCCAGAUGGCCGUGCAGGGCAAGCGGCCGCUGCCCGGGAUGCAGCAGCAAAUGCCGACUCUACCUCCGCCCUCCGUCUCCGGGACGGGGCCCGUGCAGGGACCAGUGCAAGGACCUGGACCGGGACCAACACCUCCAAACUACAACAGACCUCACGGUAUAGGAGGGCCCAACAUGCCCCCUCCUGGACCCUCAGGAGUUCCCCCAGGAAUGCCCGGACAGCCCCCCGGCGGCCCCCCCAAGCCCUGGCCGGAAGGACCGCUGGCCAACGCCGCAGCCCCCUCCAGCGCCCCGCAGAAGCUGAUCCCGCCCCAGCCCACCGGCCGCCCCUCGCCGGCCCCGCCGGCCGUGCCGCCCGCCGCCUCGCCGGUGAUGCCGCCGCAGACGCAGUCGCCGGGGCAGCCGGCCCAGCCCGCCCCCAUGGUGCAGCUCCACCAGAAGCAGAACCGGAUCACACCCAUCCAGAAACCCCGCGGGCUCGAUCCGGUGGAGAUCCUGCAGGAAAGGGAGUACAGGCUGCAGGCUCGCAUCGCGCACAGGAUCCAAGAACUGGAAAACCUUCCUGGCUCCUUGGCCGGAGACCUGAGAACCAAAGCUACCAUUGAACUUAAAGCUCUGCGGCUGCUGAACUUCCAGCGCCAGCUGCGCCAGGAGGUGGUGGUGUGCAUGCGGCGCGACACGGCGCUGGAGACGGCGCUCAACGCCAAGGCCUACAAGCGCAGCAAGCGGCAGUCCCUGCGCGAGGCCCGGAUCACCGAGAAGCUGGAGAAGCAGCAGAAGAUCGAGCAGGAGCGGAAGCGCAGGCAGAAGCACCAGGAAUACCUCAACAGCAUUCUCCAACACGCUAAGGAUUUCAAGGAAUACCACCGCUCCGUCACGGGCAAAAUCCAGAAGCUGACGAAGGCGGUGGCCACCUACCACGCCAACACGGAGCGGGAGCAGAAGAAGGAGAACGAGCGCAUCGAGAAGGAGAGGAUGCGCCGGCUGAUGGCUGAGGAUGAGGAAGGGUACCGGAAGCUCAUCGAUCAGAAGAAGGACAAGCGCUUGGCCUACCUGCUGCAGCAGACGGAUGAGUACGUGGCCAACCUGACUGAGCUGGUGCGGCAGCACAAGGCCGCGCAGGUGGCCAAGGAGAAGAAGAAGAAGAAGAAGAAAAAGAAGGCGGAGAAUGCGGAGGGGCAGACGCCAACCAUUGGCCCGGAUGGAGAACCGCUGGACGAGACGAGUCAGAUGAGCGACCUCCCCGUCAAGGUGAUCCACGUGGAGAGUGGCAAGAUCCUCACCGGCACGGAUGCUCCGAAGGCCGGGCAGCUGGAAGCGUGGCUGGAGAUGAACCCCGGGUAUGAAGUGGCUCCAAGAUCGGACAGCGAAGAAAGCGGCUCAGAAGAAGAGGAGGAGGAGGAGGAGGAAGAGCAACCGCAACCGGCUCAGCCGGCACUGCCCGUGGAGGAGAAGAAAAAGAUCCCGGAUCCGGACAGCGAUGAUGUCUCGGAAGUGGACGCCAGGCACAUUAUCGAGAACGCCAAGCAGGAUGUGGAUGAUGAGUAUGGAGUGUCCCAGGCGCUGGCGAGGGGUCUGCAGUCCUACUACGCCGUGGCCCACGCCGUCACCGAGCGGGUGGACAAGCAGUCCACGCUGAUGGUCAACGGCGUCCUCAAACAGUACCAGAUCAAAGGUCUGGAGUGGUUGGUGUCCCUCUACAACAACAACCUGAACGGGAUCCUGGCCGACGAGAUGGGCCUGGGCAAAACCAUCCAGACCAUCGCGCUGAUCACGUACCUCAUGGAGCACAAGCGGAUCAACGGGCCCUUCCUCAUCAUCGUCCCCCUCUCAACGCUGUCGAAUUGGGCCUAUGAGUUUGACAAGUGGGCGCCUUCCGUGGUGAAGGUCUCCUACAAGGGCUCUCCGGCCGCAAGACGGGCGUUCGUCCCUCAGCUCCGCAGUGGGAAAUUCAACGUCUUGCUCACUACGUACGAGUACAUCAUUAAGGACAAGCACAUCCUGGCCAAGAUCCGCUGGAAGUACAUGAUCGUGGACGAGGGCCACCGGAUGAAGAACCACCACUGCAAGCUGACCCAGGUGCUCAACACGCACUACGUGGCUCCGCGCCGGCUGCUCCUGACGGGAACGCCGCUCCAGAACAAACUGCCGGAGCUGUGGGCGCUGCUCAACUUCCUCCUGCCCACCAUCUUCAAGAGCUGCAGCACCUUUGAGCAGUGGUUCAACGCACCCUUUGCCAUGACCGGAGAGAAGGUGGACCUGAACGAAGAAGAAACCAUCCUGAUCAUCCGGCGCUUGCACAAGGUGCUGCGUCCCUUCCUGCUCCGGAGGCUGAAGAAGGAGGUGGAAGCGCAGCUCCCAGAAAAGGUGGAAUACGUGAUCAAGUGCGACAUGUCGGCGCUGCAGAGGGUCCUCUACCGGCACAUGCAGGCCAAGGGUGUGCUGCUCACCGACGGCUCCGAGAAGGACAAGAAGGGGAAAGGCGGGACGAAAACCUUGAUGAACACCAUCAUGCAGCUGCGGAAGAUCUGCAACCACCCCUACAUGUUCCAGCACAUCGAGGAAUCCUUUUCCGAGCACUUGGGCUUCACGGGAGGCAUCGUCCAAGGGCUGGAUUUGUACCGCGCCUCCGGCAAGUUUGAGCUGCUGGACCGGAUCCUGCCGAAGCUCCGCGCCACCAACCACAAGGUGCUGCUCUUCUGCCAGAUGACCUCCCUGAUGACCAUCAUGGAAGACUACUUCGCCUAUCGUGGAUUCAAAUACCUCAGGCUGGACGGAACCACUAAAGCGGAGGACCGGGGAAUGUUGUUAAAGACCUUUAACGAGCCGGGUUCCGAGUAUUUCAUUUUCCUGCUGAGCACUCGUGCCGGUGGGCUGGGCCUCAACCUCCAGUCGGCCGACACCGUCAUUAUCUUCGACAGCGACUGGAAUCCUCACCAGGAUCUCCAGGCUCAGGACCGCGCUCACCGUAUCGGCCAACAGAACGAAGUCCGCGUCCUCCGCCUCUGCACGGUCAACAGUGUGGAGGAGAAGAUCCUCGCCGCCGCCAAAUACAAACUCAACGUUGACCAGAAGGUCAUCCAGGCCGGGAUGUUCGACCAGAAAUCCUCCAGCCACGAGCGCCGAGCUUUCCUCCAGGCCAUUUUGGAGCACGAGGAGCAAGACGAGAGCAGAUACAGCGCGGGCAGCGGCAGUGGCAGCUUCCCCCACACUGCCUCCACCCUGUGCCUGAACGCUGAGUUGGAGGAACCACCUCUAAAGGAAGAAGAUGAAGUUCCCGAUGACGAAACCGUCAACCAGAUGAUCGCCCGGCACGAAGAGGAGUUCGAUCUGUUCAUGCGGAUGGACCUGGACCGGAGGCGGGAGGAGGCGCGGAACCCCAAGCGCAAACCGCGCCUGAUGGAGGAGGACGAGCUGCCGUCGUGGAUCAUCAAGGACGACGCCGAGGUGGAGCGCUUGACCUGCGAGGAGGAGGAGGAGAAGAUGUUCGGCCGCGGCUCGCGGCACCGCAAGGAGGUGGAUUACAGCGAUUCGCUGACGGAGAAGCAGUGGCUCAAGGUAUACACGGCGAUCGAGGAGGGGACUCUGGAGGAGAUCGAGGAAGAGGUUCGCCAAAAGAAAUCGUCGCGCAAACGGAAGCGAGACCCGGACGUGGGCUCGGCCGCCGCCGCCGCCACGAGCACCCGCAGCCGCGACAAAGACGACGAGAGCAAAAAGCAGAAGAAACGGGGGCGCCCGCCCGCCGAGAAGCUCUCCCCGAACCCUCCAAACCUCACCAAGAAGAUGAAGAAGAUCGUUGACGCCGUUAUUAAGUACAAGGACAGCAGCAGUGGACGGCAGCUCAGCGAAGUCUUCAUCCAACUGCCGUCCCGCAAGGAGCUGCCGGAAUACUACGAGCUCAUCCGCAAGCCGGUGGACUUCAAGAAAAUCAAGGAACGGAUCCGCAACCACAAAUACCGGAGCCUGAACGACCUGGAGAAGGACGUGAUGCUGCUGUGCCAGAACGCGCAGACCUUCAACCUCGAGGGCUCCCUGAUCUACGAGGACUCCAUCGUGCUGCAGUCGGUGUUCACCAGCGUUCGGCAGAAGAUCGAGAAGGAGGAGGAGAGCGACGGCGACGACAGCGAGGAGGAGGAGGAGGGGGAAGAGGAAGGAUCCGAAUCCGAGUCAGCGCGGUCGGUGAAGGUGAAGAUCAAACUGGGGCGGAAGGAGAAGGCGCAGGAGCGGCUGAAGGGGCGGCGGCGCGCGGCGCGCGGCUCCCGCGCCAAACCCCUCGUCAGCGACGACGACAGCGACGACGACCAGGAGGAGGAUCGCUCCGGCAGCGGCACCGAAGAGGACUGAACCCCAAUCCCAGGGCUCCGUCUCGCCGUCCCCCCUAAACCCCGCGGCCCCGGAGCAGCGGGACAAACUCUUUCCCUAUUUAUCCCCACGGGAACCGUUCGGAUCCUCCUGAACCCCAAAAACCUUCCCGGGCGUUACGGAGGGAUCGGAUCCGCCCCCGAGGCCGCGACUCCCUGGAUUGCGAGCGGGAAUAAAUGAA